CAGGAGAUCAUCCAGUACUCAGAAAUAGUUCCAAAACCGUUACAUAUACAAAUUAUUAGAGAAUUCAACCCAUCUCUCUCUAUACAUAUAUAGGCUGAUCAGAGAUGGGUAACAGUUUAAGGUGUUGCUUGGCUUGUGUUCUUCCCUGUGGAGCCCUGGACUUGAUCCGUAUCGUCCAUUUGAACGGCAACGUUGAAGAGAUUGCUAGACCAAUCACAGCCGGUGAGAUCCUUCGGGCUAACCCAGAUCACGUCCUGACCAAACCCUGCUUUCAAGGCGUUGUACGUAAAAUCUUGAUCAUGUCGCCGGAUUCUGAGCUCAAGAGAGGAAGCAUAUACUUCUUAAUCCCGGUUUCCUCCCUGCCCGAGAAGAAACAAAGUGGUAACGUCAACCCCAACAAAUCCUCCAAGAGGAGCAAAAAGUACUGCAGCCCUGAUGUCGUCUCAGGUGGCUUUGUUCGUUAUCCAGAGCCGGAUUUCAUUUCCGAAAAGAAAUCUUCACGUCGGAAUCGUAGGACUAGUACUGGCCGAGUUGGAGUAUGGCGGCCACAUCUUGAGAGCAUCUCCGAGGACUAACAACGUCUUCUGUACGUGUUUUACUAGUGCCGGGAUCCGAUUGCAAUAUCGCCGGUGACGAUCAAAGUUGUUUUUUCAAUGUACGUGGGGUUAAUAUUAGUUUUGUGUAUAUUUUUUUUUUCUUUACCAUUUUGUUCUUCCGGAUCUGCGCAUGGCAGAUCAGGAUUCCAUUUAAUUCUCGAGAAAAACUAGGUCAGACAAAUAUUUGUACCGGAAUGAAAUUGUAAUAUUUUAUAAACCUCAAGUUUUAAGAUCAUUGAGAUCACGGGAAAACUGAUCUGAUCUGAACUUCCUAAUGAUCAAAGAGAUCAAAUACACGCAAGGCCAUUGGACCCAUUUGAUUAAUUACAUGAAUUAUUUGAUCCAUGCAUCAAUAAUUCGUCAAUUUGUUCUAGGGUUCGUAUCCAAUUAAUUGUGAUCAAUGGCACUGUAAAAAACAUUGUUAGCCUUGAUUUUACAAGAGAGCUCU